AUGGCGAUGUUUGCUUCAAUUGGCGAUGUUUGCGACAGACCAAUCCAUUACGGUAGAAGAUCUACAGUGUACAUUUCAAAACAAGAGUCAGAAUGUUUUGCCCUCAAAGCUUCGUCUGAAUAUGCUUGGAAGAGGGAGAUGGAGGUCUAUCGUACUCUACAAUCUGUUCCUGGCAACAAAUUCACUCGUAUACAAGAAUUACUCGGCUCUGGCGAACUCCCAGUUUUCUUCAAAAGUCAUAAUACUCUACAUAAAUUCUACAUUAUGACGAGAUAUAAUAAUCUGAGAGAUGUCAAAAUGUGGCUUACAAAUAUACCUGGAUUGUCUGAGGCAAUGAGAUUUAAGGCUGCUCGUGAAGUACGGUUUAAUAUUUAUAAAGAUAUCAGUUUUUAUAAAAUGCUCAGGUCUCAAAAUGGUCAGAUGUUUAGUUUAUUUGUGGAUGGUCUCUCAGGGCCUUUUGUUCAAUUGACCAUUUUGGUCCUUGACCAUUUUUGCUUAGAACAAGAUGGAAACCACACAUGUCCGCAAAUGAUUGUCCGCAAUUUUUGUUUCUUCUUUCUCAUUCCUUCCUACUCACCAUUAUUAAUCAUUGACCGUUUCUAA